ACUAGAACUCAUUUGUUCUUUUUUGAAAGGACAACAUGUGGUCUAUCUUGGUUUAGUUAUAAACAUAUUUGGUUAGGCUAGCGAACAAGCAUUUUAGCCAGGUAGCCUAGGACAACAAAAAUGUAAAGCAUGUGUACUGUAUGACAAAAUGAUAAACGCUAAUGACAAAACGCUUUUUUUUCUACAAGUAUGUUGCAAGUUCCUGUUUUACAGAAAAUGUGCUCCUUCACAUUCAGGUUGGUGGAUGGUGGUCUCAUGUUCCUGCUCUUCAGUUUGACUAGGAUUUCUGCCCAGAGAGAAAUGUCCUUAAACCCCACUACAAUAGGUCAUUACACAGAGUCCCCAUGUCAACUAUUUGACAAGUAUGAAACUACUGUGACAGAGGGGGAGGCCCUUAGUUUGCCAGCCUACUAUGACCUGAGUGAGUUGGUUUGGGCCAGCGUGACUGAGUUUACCUGGUACAGAAACAGAACCCAAGAGCUCCCGUCCUCUGAGGAAGAGCGUGUGCAUCAUCAUGGACCGGUGCUCUUCUUCCUCCCGCUUUUAAUAAACGACUCUGAUCAGUACUACACCUACUGGAGAAAGGCAGCAGACACCUGCCUAAUCUUUGUGACAGAGGUGAUUGUGGUCAAAGCCCAACCGUUCGAUCAUUCAGUCCUGUUUAACGAUAUCUCAGAGUCAGCAGACAACAUUGCUAUCCCAUGUCCUGAACCCGUGGAAAAACUGUGCCGGGAUGGAAAAGAAAACGUAGCCUGGUAUAAGAAUUUCAGUCUCAUUCCAAACGAGUCUGAGAGAAAUCUGUGGGUGUAUGGCGCCUCCAAAGCAGACGAGGGCAUCUAUACGUGUGUGUGCACGUGGGAGCACAAUGGGAUGGCUCUCAACACUUCUGCAUCCAGGAGACUCAAGAUCCAAGCUCCCUCUGCCUCGCAUCCUCCUCAGAUCAACCUGCCUAGAAACGGAAGCACAGAGACCACUGACCUGUACACCACUAAGAAGUUGACGUGUGAAGCGUGUUGUGGGCAGAACAUUGAAGACAACUGUCACGUGUGGUGGGAGAUAAAUGGAGUGAAAGUCGGCUCGCAGCUGCAAGGCUACUCAGUGAACACCACCAGCGAUGUGGAGGUAUCUUCAAUGCGGAGUGUCUUCACAGCUAUCCUGACCAUAAACACAGUGACUAUGAGGGACCUCCAGUCAAAGUUCACAUGUGUUGCAAUGAACGACCAGAAAUGGGAUUAUGCAGUGGUUACUCUCAAGAUAAGAGGGUUUAUGGGUCUAUGUGUGGUGCUACUGCUCUUCUUCUUGCUAGCUGCUGUGGCUGUCAAAGUCUUUGACAUCGAUCUGGCGCUGCUCUUCCGUGGAGUUUUCAAAUGCUGUGGUCGAUCUGAGGAUGGGAAGGUCUAUGAUGCUUACGUUGUCUACCAGAUGGAUGGCCUAGACAAGGAAAGGGAGGAGAAAGUAUAUCACUUUGUGAGCAUUGUUCUGCCCACUGUCCUGGAGCAGAAGUGUGGCUUUAGACUCUUCAUCCACGGCAGAGACGACUUACCUGGGAAAGACGACAUGGAGUUGGUGGAGGACUGCAUGCGGCUGAGCAGGAGGCUGAUUGUCAUCCUGAUCCCCAGCUCAAGCACAUGGUCAGGCUCAGGAGGUCAAGGGUCAUGUGGCCAAUGGGGCUACUCGUCUUCGCUGACCACAGCGGAGGACUAUGACUGUCAGAUGGGGCUCCUCCAGGCUCUGGUCCACAGUGAGAUGAACGUUAUCCUCAUCCAGCUGGGGGACAUGGGGGAGGGUGGCUACACACACCUGCCCCCCGGCCUGCAGCACCUGGUCCGCAAGAAUGCCCCCUUAAUGUGGCAGGAGGGAAGGCGUGGGUCGAUGCUGCCCAACUCAAGCUUCUGGAAGAGGGUGCGUUACAUGAUGCCUUGGCCGCGCCACUCGACUAGUUUUGACAACCAGUUAAUAUGACUGUUCUAUGUGAACAAUCAGGUCUGAGGACUUGAAGUGCGUGUGGAGGUCUGGGUUCUCUGAAAAUCCUUAUUCCAUUCAUAGAAAUAUCAUUAAUUAUUCCGGUGCUGUGCAGAGAUAUACACAGGUUAGCUGAGAACGUCACAAAAACGAUGUGUACAAUGUGGCAGAAGGCCGUGUGUUGUUGUGAUUCUGGAUGGCUAGCAACAAUGACAAAGAAACUGCCACGUGGGGAAUAGUAAGUGGCUAAUUUCAGCUAGUUUUAUCUUGUUCUUGAUUCCAUAUCUUGUUUUUAGGUAUUUUGACUGAUGUCAUAUUUAUGCUAAUAUGGCUAAAUGUGCUUGCUUACUAACCAACAACUGUAACAAAGUAUUUGUGAGAGAACAAGUGUUCAUUGUGCAACUUUUUUGUUUUCAAUAAACAUUGGAGACUAAACAUUGUUGACAACAUGUAAACUAUCUCAACCAA